AUGAAACAACUAUUUAAUGUGAAAUAAAAAAUCGAGCAGUUCAUUUCAAAGUAAACAGAAAUAAGUGAUUUGGAAAGAAUCAGAAUGAAGAAUUUAGAUAAUAAGCUUGGCACUAAUACACAUUUUCAUGAAAUUCAAUCAUAAGAAGAAAGAUUAGAUUCGGAUAAUGUGAUGAGAAGAUAAGUUUUAGCAAGAAGGGAACUACAAAAAGAGAAAGAUUUGGCAGUUGCCCAUUUGUUUGAUCCAGAAUAAUUGUACACUUAAUUAGUCUAAAUUUAAUCAUUGAAAAGGGAAGAAACUAUGAAGCAUAGAUACUUUAAAUUAUUAGAUUGCUAUCAAAAUAUUCCUAAUUACACAUACUUCAGUAAAGAUUCUAAAGAAGGUCAUCCAGUUUAUAAUUUAUACAAGGGAAAAAAUGAAAGAAAGAAUAAAGAACUUAUUAAAGAUGAUGAUGAACUGGUUUUUAGUGGUAAAAUAAUAGCUGAUUUGAUUCCUAAACAUUUCGAAGAUAUAAUACUAGAUAUUGAAAAGUUUCAAUCCUUAUAUAAGGAGUUCUUGCCUAAUUCAACACAUGAUAUAUAUGGAUGUAUAAUUGAACAAUUAAGUUUAAGGUUCUUAAUUAUACGUUCUGAUAAGAUUCAUUUGGUUCUAGAAAAUGUCUACAAUACCUUUACUUUUAUUGAUAAUUUUCUUUAUUAUAAUCAAAAAUCAGAUCUUGAUCUCUAAAAAUAUGUGCUAAAAUUAAACUUGUAGAAAGAACCAUUGUCUAUUAAAUUUCACCUGGAGAAAAUGUGA